GCCGAAAUGACCGCUCUCCGGUGGAUCUCCUUCAUUUUGGAUUGGCGGUGCAUCACAACGGCGCUGGUCUUCGUGGUGACGUACCUGUUGGGUCACUUCUACUACCGUGUAUCGAAGUACCCAAAGGGACCCUUCCCACUUCCACUUGUGGGUAACCUCCUAGCUUUGCGCCAUGUGACUGACCUGCACGCAAAGUCAACCGAAUUGUCGAAGACGUACGGCGACGUCUUCACUUUGUGGAUGGCUCACAGGCCUAUGGUGAUGCUGAACAGCUACGCUGUUAUUCGGGAAGCACUGGUGGAGAGGCGACAUGAUUUCGCCGGCCGCUUUCCAACUAGAACAGGUGCCUUACAAAACCAAGGUAACCAUGAUAUCGUAUUCGAAGAUUACAACCCCUACUGGAAGGCUCUUAGGAAGGUUACUGCGUCAGCGUCGAGACGGUACGCGGCCAGUGAGUCUUUAGAACAUCUUUGCACCGACAUCGUCGACACCUUUGCGGACUCCUUAACAGAAGGACCACAGAUGAUGGAUUUCAGGAAACCUAUCUUCUCUAUGUUCUGCAACGUCAUUGGGGUAGCUAUAUAUGGUACAAGGCUGCACGAAGCUUAUAUAGAAAGCUUGGAAGACAUCAACCGCCGGUUCUACCGAAUCUCACCCAACGGCCUGCCCAGUGACAUCGCUCCUUUUCUGGCCGUUCUGUACUACAACAAAGAGAAAAAGAUGGCAGCAUUGUUCCGCGAACUCAAGGAGCUUAUACAAAAGCUGUUCUCGAGAGCCGAGGAGACCUACACCCCAGGUAGCACGGAAAACUUUACUCACGCCAUGCUUGCCGCCCGAGAAGAAGCCAUCAAAGAGGAUAGAACUGAUGCGCAAUACCUGACCAGACCCAACAUGAUUCUUGCUACGAUGAACAUCUUCAACGCUGGGACCAACACAUCGACAGCCACAUUUCAGUGGCUACUACUACGGAUAGCAAAAGAACACGGCAUUCAAGAUAGGAUUCAAAAGGAAAUCGAAGACAACAUCGGGAGUGCGCCACCAGUGUACGGAGACCGUGAGAAGCUUCCUUUCACCGAGGCUUGCCUGCUGGAGACGCUGAGGAUGCACCCCGCGGCGCCUCUAGGAUUACCGCAUAACACAACGACGAAUGCGCGAGUCGGUAACUGGGCCAUCCCGAAGGACACGGGCCUUUGGUACAACAUCUACAAGAUACACCGUGACACAGAGCACUGGGAAAGCCCCGAAGAAUUCCGUCCCGAGCGGUUCAUCAAUCCCGUGUCGGGAAAAGUGUGCACUGAUGUCGGUCCUCUGAUCACCUUCGGCCAGGGAACCCGCUGCUGCCCCGGCGAGAAGCUAGCUCAAAUGGACAUGUUCUACCUCCUCGUGCGACUCAUGCAAAGAUUCAGAUCAACCAAAGUUGGCACGGGUGCCUUCAGCUCACGAGAUAAAGGCACCUUAGAUGACGAUCACGUGUUUUAUCUCAUCAGCUCCGCAAAGUGA